CCACUCACUUCGAUCGUCUUUGGGACUUCUCCAGAACCAGACCGUCCCACCACCGCCCACCAACAACCAGGCCUCCGCCGCUCUCUCUCUCUACUCUCCGAUGGCCUCCGCCGCCACCACCGCCCUCUCCCUCCGCCUCUUCGCCGCCAAGCUCCCCUUCCCUCUCCGCCCCUCGAAGUCGCCUCCUCCCCUCCUCCUCUCCUCUCUCUCCUCCGCCAAAUCCAUCUCCUUCCAGCGCAUCGACGCCGCCAACCGGCCGCCGCCGCCGCGCGCGUCGUCGUCGUCCCCGCCCUCCUCAUCGGCGCAGCUCCAGCCCAUCGAAGACCUCCCGCCGAGCCUCCAGUCCAUCGUCACCCUCUUCCAGUCGGUGCCCGACCCCAAGUCCAAGUACCAGCAGCUCCUCUUCUACGGCAAGAACCUCGAGCCCCUCGACCCGGCGUUCAAGACCCGCGACAACAAGGUCGAGGGCUGCGUCUCCCAGGUCUGGGUGAGGGCCUACCUGGAUUCGGACGGCAACGUCGUCUUCGAGGCCGAUUCCGACUCGGUCCUCACCAAGGGCCUCGCGGCUUUGCUUGUCCAGGGGUUGUCCGGGAGGCCGGCGGACGAGAUUCUCCGGGUCUCGCCUGACUUCGUGACGCUCCUCGGGCUGCAGCAGAGCCUGACGCCGUCGCGGAACAACGGGUUCUUGAACAUGUUGAAGUUGAUGCAGAAGAAGGCGCUGUUGUUGGUCGCCGGGGCGGAAAGUGAAGGAAAUGGGGCGGUACCGGCGGGGGAGGCGAACGAUGUGGGCAUUGGAAUGAAUUCUGAUGUGGGUAUUGAUAGGAGUUCAGUCUCAGAGUCGGGUGACGAUGGUGGCAGGGAAGUUUCGGCGGAAAAAUCGAAUCUUGAGGUGCAUGAGGCUGAUGGUGAAUCAAGUUUGGGGAGUAGAGGGCAGAGAAUCAGGGAGAAAUUAGAGAAGGAGCUGAGUCCUAUUGAGUUGCGGGUGGAGGAUGUCUCAUAUCAGCACGCAGGGCAUGCCGGUGUGAGAGGGAGUGAUGGCGAGACACAUUUCAAUCUGAGAGUCGUGUCGAAGGAGUUUGAAGGAAAGAGCUUGGUGAAGAGGCACCGGCUUGUUUAUGAUCUGUUGCAAGAGGAGCUGCAGAGCGGGCUACACGCCCUGUCGAUUGUGGCGAAAACGCCGGCUGAAAGUUGAUGCGAGAUGAAGAGGGGAGUUGUAUGUUGGCCACAGGUGGUCAUUUCAUCCCCGAAUCAUGUUUUCCCAAGAGGACAAAUAAUUUUGUUUUGCUUGAUAGAGAGAGGGAUAUUCCUUGUAUAGUUGUUUUGUAAUCUACUGAAUUGCCAAUGUUAGAUCUUUGACCAUCAUUGUUCAA